CGCAGGCCCUAAACCUCAAUGGUGCAGCUCUGAUUUGGUCUUCUUUCUGUUGCCAUCGUCGGAGGAGCCGAGCCGAGGAUUUUCUUUUUCCGGUCUCCCAAACAGCUGGAAGGGAAAAUGAGCAGUUGCCUCUGCUCGAACCCGUUAAUUCCGCUGGGAGUUCGCGCCAAUACGUUUGAUUUCUAUCUCAGAAUCUCCAACACAUACACCAGGAAAAGAAAACCACCAACAAUCCUCUGUACUCGCCUUGACAAUUCCGAGAGGGCAACUGCCAGAAAUCAACAGCAACUCAACUUCUCUGUUCUUCGUUUCACUUUCGGAAUACCUGGAGUGGACGAGUCGUACUUGCCGAGAUGGAUUGGGUACGCAUUUGGUUCGCUUCUGCUGGUGAACCGUUUCCUGGGCUCGGACUCGACCACUAUCACCCCGGCACAGCUUAGGUCAGAGGCUCUGGGUCUUUCUUUGGCUGCCUUCUCUAUAAUACUUCCGUACCUUGGAAAAUUUCUCAAGGGUGCAAGUCCUGUAGAUCAAAUUGCUGUCCCUGAAAGUGCUGAGCAAAUUUUUGUCAUGUCGCAAGCAAUUGCAGAUAAUGUCAAGGAGGAUUUGGCUUGGGGAACGUAUGUUCUAUUGCGUAAUACCAAUACCAUAUCUGUGCUUAUAUCAGUUAAAGAUACAAUGUGCGUUCGUGGCUAUUGGAACCUGCCAGGAGAUGUAUCAAAAGUUGAUGCACUUGAUUGGUUUCAGGAACAAAUUCAACAGAUUGGCCUCUCUGAUUUAGAGGACAUUCUUUAUUUUCCUCAAGGUGCAGACUCUGAAUUAUGGGAGAUGCUCCCUGAAGGAACUCGUUCUGUACUAGUACAGCCAGUAUGGCUAGCUUCAAAAGGCAGUGCUGGUCAGGUGGACAGGACUGAUGGAUUCAUCCUAUUGGCUUCUAGCAUCAGUUAUGCAUAUAGCAAUAAAGACAGAGCUUGGAUAGGGGCAGUUGCAAACAAAUUUAAAGGUAAAAGCAUUUCUGCUGACCUGUAAUGUAUCUAUGAUGAUCCAUAUUGCACUAGAUCAUCAAUAGUUUGCAGUGGAAAAAGGUGACCGCUUUAGUUCAGGUUUGACAGUUAUAUAUUUUAUUGUGCAUGCACAUUUUAGCAACUGAUAAAGUCUCUUUUUCCCCCCAUGGAUAAAAUAGAGGCAAUAGAGUUAUAUAUUAUCCACCCUUUGUUGGUGACAGCCUCUAGUUUAUUGAAGAUUCAAAUUAAGUUGAAAUACCAUGUUUAAGAACAAUAUUAUGUUUAAUAAAAUGCAAUGCUAGUUGUAUGAUCAAUUGCUCUUACCUGAGUAUCUUAUUUCUGGUGGAAGGCAGAAGGAAAAGUAACAGAUGGCACUGGAAAGUCAUGGGCUUGGUUGGUAAUUAUUAUUUUGGUUAAUGUGUUUAGUUCUGUAGUACUGGAUUAAGUCAGUAAUCAAUUUCACCACUAAUGGAAAGCUUGGUUCAAGCUUCCCUAGCCUUUCUCCCUCUCUAAGAGUUAGAUACAAUCUCUACUUGGGGAAACCUUUGAGUGUACAGGCACCCAGCUCAAUGCAAGCAUUUGUGCAUCCUCAAAUUCUAGACUGACGACUCCACUUAAAUUUCACUUCCACAAUAUUUUCACAUUAUAUUUGACGUGGCAUGUAAACCAUUCUUUGCCUGCUUUUCUCAUUCCUAUGAGGCUUGUUUUCAAGUUUUUCCUUCCUUGUUCAAAGUCUCCAUCUUGUCCUCCUUUGAACUAUGCCAUUUUUAGUUUCCUUCAGGACAUCAGGAGUAGCUUGCUAACAGAUUUCAUGAUACUUUCAGUACUGGUUUUUGCUUUAGAAUUAUGGCUCCACGUAACCUCUUUGCCACUGCCAAACUCUCAUGAACAGCCAAUUUAAGAUAGAAUUUCUUUUAUGGGACAUCACUUACCUUAAUGGGCUUUUUAAGGGGCUAAUUAUCAGAAAGUAGCUCUGUAACUCCUGAGAGCUUUCUACAGAGAGGACUAGCACUACUCAAUAGAAUUUUUUUUUUAAAGAUCAAUCUAAUCAGAUUAACCAGAACUCUUAUUGUAGAUCUUCUGAGGUUAUCUUGCUUUUUCUUAUUAAUUCUGAGGUUGUUAUGUUGUGCUCAUCACAUGGAAGGCUUCUCCAACCAGUGUCCUAUCUCAUGAAAGCAUAGUCAUCUUUCAGUGACUUACUUAAGAUCCUUGUCUUUGAGAGGCAUUCUUCCUCUGCUUGUUAGAGUGAUGUGGUAAUUACUGCAACUGAUUUUAAGCUAGACUUCUAGAAAUAUCCACGACAUUGGAAAUCGUGUCAACAUUCAUUGUCCAGAUGUCUUUUCUUGAAUCAGAACCCCUUUCCUAAUGUCAGGAAGUAAUAAUAGAAUAUUCCCGUAUCUGGGAGUGGUGAAACUGCCAAAUUGUACAAAUGUAUAACAUAAAUAGACCAAAUUACUUUUUGGAAACAAAUGCCUUCAACUUCAAAUAUUUGGCAUUAUUAUAGUUGCUAUUAACACAAGGAUCUAGCUCUGGAGGAAUUCGACUUUAAAAUGUGAUCUAUGAAGGAUCCAAUUUUGGCUUCCCACUUUGUAAGGCUAAAAAGUUUGUGUUGGCCUACUUAUGUGGUAAUCUUGAAAUGUUUAUAUUGGUAGGUUGCCAACUUUAAAACUGAGAUAACGUAGAAGUUUCCAUAUUCCUGUGAUUCUAUUUUCAUGGCUAUAACUAUUAUUUCCUCCAGAAUAAGAUGAAAUCAAAGAUUUCAUUUUCAUAUGAUUCUUUUCUCUGAGCCUCGCUUUGUUGCCUAAAUUGAGCCUUCACUUGGAAGCAAACCUCAGAAUACCAAGGAACGGUGGAAGUCAAAACUAAUAACACUUGAAGUGGUUGUCUCAAAUAAUUUUAGCAUGUUCAGAUAGCUAAGAAAGGACACGAAAUUAAUUUCUAGGAGAGCCUUUUAAGUUCAAAUUUGCUAAAGCUUCUACAUUGAGCUGGCCAAUGCACUGAAUUCAAACUCGGUAUUUUAAUUAGGUAAAUAUAAAUAAAUGGUUUGGCUUGACAAAAUUUUACGGGAAGCUUGUUAUAGUUUCAGACGGGCAUAUGAAAGUAAUAACUUUCUCAACGUUGCACUAGCAAGGCUAAGUUUAGUUGCCUAAAGAAGAUUAAGCAUAGAAGAUAGGUAGAUAAGCACGGGAUUGCAAGAGAUAUUCCAGUUUUCUUGAUGAUGUUUCUAGUUUCAUCUCAGCUCUCAUCAAGAUGCAAUUGAACAUUACCAAAAGUGUAUAACUUUUUGGAGUUAAAUAUAGUUUAGAAUGAUUCAUUAUUUCGUUACAUAUCUGAAUUAGAAACUCUCUGAAAAGUGCUUCUCCAGUCUGGGUUUCCCAAUUGGCCACUGUCUUCACAUAUUUCUCUGCAGGCUAAUGUGAUCUCGUGGGCAGUCCACUGAAGCAAAAUAACAUGUUUUGUUCUACUUUGAGGAGGUUGAGGAGACAUCGGAUUUCUACAAAAACUUCUCCAAGCCGUAAACCAGAUUCUGCAGAUAGAAGAGGGAAGAAAGAGAACUAUGACUAGUGCUGAAAAUUGCUUCAAGUAAUUAGAAGAAACAAGUCAUCAAAGAUUGAGCUACCUUAAGGCGCACAACUUUUCUGAUAGCCAGAAUUAGCCCUGGCAUGAGACAUUGGACAUCUGUGAUAUCAUGUUUGAUGGUGUAAACCUGCUUCCAGCAGUUAUCAAAUGAGAUUAUUAUGUUACAGAGGGUGCCACCCUAUGCGGAAGCUUUCUCCAAAGGAAGAAUUCUCUCAUUAAAACGCACCUCUCCUGGACCAGAAAAGUAAACUGUUGUGCUCGAUGGAAGCCCUGGAAGAACCAAGCUAUGCACGCGGACUCCAUCUUCUCCCAGAACUUGACCUCUUGCCUUGCAGGACAAAAAGUUGAUACAACCAUGUUGCAGAUCUAAAUGUGAAAAGAAUGGCCAAAAAUUGCGUAUUUCCUUUACAGAAACAGAUUCUUUUGUACUAAACAUUACUCGGCAUCAGAGCUGAAUCUUUGCACAUCUGUAUAUUUUUUAAUAAUUUUCUUAUUUGCAUUGUAUGUAGCACCAUUGUAAUGCACUUUUCAGAUUGCUCUUUCUUACCAGCA